GACUCGGAAGUGGCCUAUGUACAUAAUAUAAAAUUCUACAUGUUGUGUAGCUUCAAAUUAAAGUGUGCAUUUGUACAUGUAUUUCUAUUUAGACUUUAGAUGGGGACUUUUUUGAUCAGAUGAGAGGCUACUUUGCCACCUUGGGUGAAUUGGAAGUGGAUGCCUGCAGAAAUGCGAUAGCAGGAUUUGAGAGUGUUGUUUCUCAAGCAAAUACAGUAAGGAUUAUGCCUUUAAACUCUAAAAGAGACCUUUAGAUUCAAGGACAAGGGCGACUUAUGGGAUAAGAUUUGACUUAAGUAAAUUGUUUUCAUGUAUUCUUUCAAUGUAUACACCCGCAACCAAUUUUCCUUUUUUUACCAGAAAAGUUAGUACUGUUAUACUUGUUGAAGGAGGUAAAGACCUCUCCUGAUUGCAAAAUGAUAAUAAAAACUUCUAACAUUUGAUAACUUGUUUCUGUAUCUAUGGAAUUUUGGCUAAAACCUGUACUAGAAUGAUGAUUUUCCCGCCAAAAUGUUGCUGAUUCACGCGUGUGUACUAUACAUAAUAUUGGGGCAAUCUUGUCCUCAUAGUCUUCCUCAGCUUAGAAUCAAAAGGUCACUAAUGUUAAACUAAGAAAACCAUAAAUGCCUAGAAAAAUUUUCCUUUCUGGGACUGAUGAUUAUUUUUACAAGUCCAACCCCAUAGAAAUCAGAAUACACGAGCAAACCAUAAAACACCAAAUUAAUUACAAUAAUAUUGUCGCUGCUGGUGGUUUAAUUACCUGGCUUUUCCUGGUGGACUGAACCCUCCAAGUUGCGACCAUUUUAAUUGCCAAGGCACCUAAAAUUUUGAAGCUGGCGACUUGAUUUGUAAAAAAGUCUCCUUAAACCAAAAGAAUUGGUCCCAAGUGGUGACCAAGCAAAAACUUUAACUUUAAGGGUUGGGACCAUUGACAUUCUGGAAUAAUCUCUUGUGCUCAAGUGGCCAUCAUAGCUCAACAGUUCCAGCUGAACACAAUGCGGUGAUAUCUAGUUCAAAUAUUAAAAGGAUAAAAGGAUAAAAUACAGUAGACAAAAGUAUUAUUAAUGCACUGGUUGUUAAUUUCUUUCAAGAUUAACAGAGAUGUGUCUCUUCAAGCUUUCCUGUUUAAAGACAAAGUCUUUUCAGAAGUUGUUCAAUAUGACUUUGAACCUUACAGACAUGAUAACGUAAGUACUAUUUUUAAAUCUAAAUCGAAUCAUACAUCCUUUGGUUGCCCACAUUCACAUACAUGUAGGUAGGCUAUAAUUCACAGGCAGUUUCUGAUAACUGGAGCCUUUCUUUUAAAGGUUUUUUUGCAUCAAUUUUUUAACUAUCAGCAGGUGUAUUUUGUUUUGGCAUUCUUUUUGACUUGAAUUGAUGGAGAAGACAAAUUAAAAAGAAAAAAUAGCAGCUGGACACAAAUCAGGCUGUGCCCAAGGCAUCCAGGUUGAAAAGUUGCUUCUCUCUUGUUUUAUUCACUUGGUGUCUUUCUUAUAAAAAUUAUUCAUUUUCUGGUUAGGUAAGAAAGGUUACAACAGAACACAAUGCUGGCCUGGCGUUGAAUAAAGAAGCAAGAAAAUUAGCAAUGAAGCUUGCCAAGGAUCAGAUGAAUAUAAAGGCAAAAAUGAAACUACUUCAAGGGGUAUGUGUGUAAAUGCAUGUUGUGCUGUAGGUAACAUCCUCUUUCAGGUUAAAUCAGUGUUCAACCUUAUUUCAUUCAGAAUUUCCUUCGUUUCCUAUCCCUACUUGUGUAAUUUUGAAAUGUGGAAAUUUCAUUAAAAUGUUCAAAGAUGCAUGAUGAUUAUUGUAUAUGGCUGAGUGUGCAAGUAGGCAAGAUGAAGUAAAUCCGGUGUUCUGAACAUUGACCACCUGAGUGGGCAAGAUGGGUGUGUCUUGCCCUCUCGGGGUUUCCCAUGUUUGUCCAGCAAGAAAAAGUUAUCUUUUUGGCUAAUAAUAAAUCCUCAUUUUGCCAAGCUUGUUUGGUCAAGAUGGUUGGACAUCGGCAUUGCUCUGUUUUGCCUUUAUUAUUGAAAUUACUUCUUCACUUUCAUAAAAAAGCAAAAAAGAACGUGCAAAAUGAUUGCAUCCAAUACAUGUAUCCAACCACUUUGACCUCAUGUUUGGUCGAUAACACAUACUUAUAGGAUUGAUUGGGCCUCUACAUUGGCUUGUCUUCAGUCCUUUAGCUUCGUUCCAGGCUACUUAAUGAGCAACUCAAUUAAGACCUAUACAGUAAUAUAUUUAUUACAAACUCUACCUUUAAACUUGGUCUUUUGACUUCCUUAACAGACUGAAGAUUCACUAACAGCACCAGGAGAUGUCACUCAGGAUUCUGAGCAAAGUGCUGAGGCAUUGAAAGAAAGCAUAAGACUGAUUGAGGUUCGUUUCUAAAGUCAAUAUUGAAGUAACUUUAUGUUGUGACUGCGUUGAAAUUGUUGUGACUGUGACGAGUGUUAUAACUUUAACGAGUGUUGUGACUGUGACGAUUCUUAUUAAUAAUUUAUGCUUAAAGGAUACUACUUAAAACAGAUGGAGUUUUUGGUUCUGUUAUCAUUUUGUUCACUUUCUGUUGUAUCCUUGUUUUAAUAGAAACAUGUAGCUUUUGUUGAUUUUAAAGUUAGUUUUGUUGACUUAUACAUAUAUUUUAUUUUACCGUGCAGUUUUUAAAAUUUUUAAGUUCUAAUUUGUAUAAUUUUUCAUUCUUAUUAAGGACCUUUCUGAAAACUAUACUUAUGUGCUUGAAAAUUUCUUAAUAAAAAAUGAUUUUGGUAAUAACUAAGGGAUGGUAGACAAUGUGUGAUUUUAUUUCAAUUUACUGUUUUUAUUGAGUUCAAAUAUUAAUGAUUUUCUCUACUUUCUCAUGCAUCAGACAAACAAGCUGAAGACAGAGGCAUGUUUACAAGUCUUGCGUGAGGCUGGGGGUGAGUUGAGAAUAUUCAUGUUGGACAUAUUGCAUGUAGCCUAUCAGGAAGGUAUCUCUCAAGAAAUACUCAGUCUUUUUGUUAAAAUGAUCCAUACCAAAAAAACCCCAAAGAACUCUUUUUUGACAGCCGAAAGGCCUCAGAUUAAUAGUUGGUACAGUGUAAUACUUUUUGCCAUAAAUUUAGAUUUUGUGUGAAGUUCCCUCCUUGGUUUAUGAGCAAAUCCAAGGUAAUUGGGGAGGAGAAUCUGUUAUUUUAUCUGUCAAUUCACUUAGACCCUUUUUUUUUCUCUUUCAGUAAAUGUGGACGAAUGGCUAAAGAGUGCUAAUUCCUUGUCUCCUAAUGACAUAGAAGCUGGUAAUAAUUGGUUUUAUUCCUUUCAUAGUAACUAUAAUUAUUCAUGUUAUAUUAAGGAUGCAUUCAAUAAUUUAUCAUAUUCAAGAAUAAGAACAGGCAAAAAUUUGAGGCAAAUCUCUUCUACCACAAAUUUUUGAAACAUUGGAAUGCUACAUACAUCUUGAAUGUGUCCAUAAACCAGAUUUCUGGACUUUACCAUGCAGUGAAAGCAAAAGAAGUUUAUUUCAUGCAUUCCAUAAUAUGGUCAACUGAACAUUCCUUAAGUUUUCUACUGCCGAAUUUAUGUUUAUGUACCGUACUAUAACCUGCUGGUAGUUACUAAAGUCUGUCUAACAUGCUACAACUCCUUCAUGACAGAUUCUAUAAGCCAGAACUCAUUCAAUGAUGACUUUGCUGAUGAUGACUGGGAUGACCUGGAUGACACGUUCACAGCAGAUUACUCUUCAGAUGAGGAUUCCAGGAGUGUGUCAUCAAACUGCUCUAUCCCAGUCCUUUGUAUUGCCUUGUACAAUUUUGAGGUAUGUAUCCUUUAGCUGGCUUGUACGUAACUGAGGAUCACUUUAAUAGCCUUGAUGCAUGAUACCUGCCAUCUUUGCAUGCCCUUUAGGAUUGAUGAUAAAAACCAUGUGGCCUCUCAGGGGGCAAACAGGUGAUAAAAUUUGUUAAUACAAGAAAUCACAGUCGAGUUUGUUUAUUCCCUCGAAAUGAGACAGCAAUUUUAGUCAAGCAAAAUGUACAGAACAAUUUUUGGACAAGUUUUGUGUCAUUACUCUUUGCUCUGCCUGUAUGUACGUUGUUGUUGCAUCCAGAAAAGUAACAAAUAUCACUUCCUCUCAUAACUUGCUUUUAUCAUCGUUAAGAUAAAAAGUUGUUUGAUUUCUGUUGUCUAGAGUAAACAAACUCAACCACAGUUUCUUGAAUUGGCAAAUUUUGUCACUUGUUUGCCCCGUGGGAGACCACUUGACAUUUCUUUUAUCCCGUCAGUCCUAAACUGCAUGCAAAGAUACAUGCAAAGAUGAUCAUUUUCACACUCAUGUAUGGGGGCAUCAUUACUCAUUCCUUCAUUACUUGUAAACUGCACCUUAAGCAGUCUGGAAAAGUCCCCCAACUGGUGUUGUAAAUUAUCCCUGAAAGGCCCUGAGGGGAGUGGAUAAUAUGAUAUUUACAUUCAUUUACACAUGGUUAUCAUGAAUAACGUCUUUUACCUCAAUGGUCUCCCUAAAUUCUAGCUCUGCAGGUAUUAAGGGGACCAUUUCUGACCAGUAAAGCAAAAAAUAUACACCACUUUCCUUGGGGGACGGAGGGAAUGGGGUGAGGAACAUGGACCCACUCUCCUUGGAAAUGUGUUAGGAGCUUGGUUUUCUGAAACUUUAUUCUCUUAUUUGAAUACCUUUUUGAGGCUUAUUGGCUGUUGUAAGCUAUCAGCCUUCUGAUUUUAAAAUUUACUUCUUAAAGAGCCACAAUAUAUUAUUCUGAAAGAGCCCUUAUAAAAUGAAGUAGGAAGUAUACCUUUUCCCUUCAAAUUUAUUGUUUUAAGAAGAUAAUAGUAAUAAUAAUAAUAAUAAUAAUGAUUUAUUAACAGAUCGACUGGGUGUCUUCCGAUCACAACGUUUUGUAUUUUUUAAAGAACUUGAUUAGUUUUAGUAAACCUUGCAGGUGGUAAGAAAUCAUGCUCUAAGCGUAAAUUUUACUGGUUACUGCCUCAUAAGGAGAAUACUGUUACCUGAGGGUGUCUUCCAUGCUUUGUGCAGCCACGGUUUAUUUAACUAGUGACUAUUCUUAACAGGCAACAGACUCAGAUGAGCUAACCAUAACAGAGGGUGAAGAACUAGAAAUCUUAGAAAGAGAUGCUGAAGGAUGGUGUAAGGUAAGUUGAACAAUAUUUACAGUUUUUCUAGUAAGGUCUUGUGGGAAAUUCAUAUGAGAAGCAAGGAUAUUUGGCUAUAACUGGCACACUUGUUUUUUCUUUCUCAUUAAUCUCUAGUAAUCUCAGUAAGGUUUAAGAAACAACAGUCCAAAUUCCCCAAUAAGUCCUAAGUAUGCAUUAAUUACUAAAAACUGAUGUUGUGUAAGUGAAAAUCACCUUUUCCCAAAACUGAAGGAGGCUGAAUGUCAAAAAUGUUCCCCUGGUGCAAGAUAAUGUGCAUCCAACUUAUGAUGACAGCUGUUUUGUCUGUUUUUUUAGGACAAAUUUGCAGCACAUGCAUUUAGACCUUCGAUCAUAAUUUUGUUGCUAGUUAUUACUAGAUUAUUAAUUUUUUAUUUGAACAAGACCCUAGCCAAUAAAUUGUGGACAUUUUAUUUCAACAGGGUCGUAACAAAGGUGGCCAAGUGGGUUUUUUUCCAGAGUCUUAUGUUGAAGUGGGAUCAACGUCAUCUGUUAGUACUCCAACAAGUUCCUACACUGAUGGUCCUCCUCUUGGUUCGCCAGUCAGUGUCGCAAGUGUGGUACAAGCAACAUCAGGAUCAACAAAAUACUGUGAGUUUGGCCAGGUUGUCAGGCUUUUCUGGGGGGGGUGGGGUUGGGGGAACCAGAGUGCAAAUGAAGUCAGUUUUAAAGUUACAGCUUGUCUGUUGGGCAGGCUGUAGCUAGCAAGUACUAGCCCAAGAGUCAUUUUAUUCAGCCUGAAAACAAAGUUUUGAUGUGCAGGAUCAAGCGUGGUUUGUUUGUAAUAUAAAUACCCCUAAAUAAUGUCACUAGCCCUGGGCUAUUGGACACAACUUUCUUUGGUUGCUGAGAACAGGACCUGAGAGCAGUGAAAAGGGGACUCUUGCCCCCAGCCAAUUUGUCCUUAACAAUCCUUAACCCUAUGGAAUAUCUGAUACUAACUGUAAGUACAGUUAAUAGUAACAGUUAACAGUAGUUAAUGCAAAUAUGAUUAAGAGGGAGGGAUCACCCCAGGUACAAAAUCAUUGGUCUUUCACGGUAUUUAGGGCAAGAAGAGGGGAAAGGGAUGCAUGAACACCUUCAGGACCUCCCCAGAUCUGAUCUCAAAUUCUCAUUAAUAAUUAUUUAUUUCCACCUGCAGUAAAAAUUAUAAUCUCCAGUAGGGGUGUGAGGACAUUGGUUUAUGAUGAGGACAUUCAAGGGGGUAUUGGAAGAUACACCUGUAGACCUUGGGAAAAAGGAUUUAGGCACCCAUACUCAACAAAGUUAUGUGUGGGGAGGCUACACCCUAAUUUCCAAUCCUUUACCCUUUUUAUAUACCAUUUUUCACAGAAGAGGUACCCCCUUUUCUAUAUUCUAUAUUAAAAAUGUUACCUUAGUUUUCAAUACCUACUUAAGAACACUGCAUCUCUUUCUCAACUCUUUAAUGAAGUUAAUAGUAAAUGGUAUUAUGGGAGAACAUAAACAAUAUGCCCUUUAAAAUAUCUAUGUUCAAUUGAAUUACAGAUUUCCCUACCCUUCUCUUUACUUCAUCUGGCAAAAUCCCUACCCCUUUAUACACCUGAAGCCUUAAAAAGGUACCCUUUUCGAGGAGCCUAGGACUUAAUUGGGAGUACACACCCACCCCUCUCCCUUGCUCACUGGGUUCACUCAGCACAGCCCUGCUAUUACAGGUAUGUUAGACAUGGAGACCAUAAUGGGAGAAUUUUUAUGCUGACCUGAAUCCAAUGACCAUUAAUAUUAAAUAAUGAUUUGUCAACUGAAGAUGUAGUGUUUUGCUUUUCAGUGUGUUAUGUGAGGGCACUUUAUGACUAUGAAGCUAUGGGUGAUGAUGAAAUAUCUUUCAAAGAAGGAGACAUUGUAGGGGUGAUCUCAAAAGAUGACAAUGACAUUGAUGAUGGCUUUUGGUAUGGGGAGUUCCAAGGCCAAAGAGGAGUUUUUUCAUCAUUGGUGGUAGAGGACAUGCCAGGAGAAUUUCCAUCUACAGAUACUAAUAUGAACAUAACAGAGCCUUUACCAAGUUCCUCAAGAACCUCAUCUUCCAAUACUAGGGCCGGAGAUUAUAUAACCAUUCCAAUAGACUACAGAGCGAAUGGAUCAGCAGCAGCAUCAUCAUCAAACGCAAUACAACCUGUUAGAAAAGCACCACCGCCCCCUGCGGGUUCAUCUCCGCAGAUUCCACGGAGUACAACAAUGGCAUCAGGGGGAGCUGGCAGGGCAUUGCUGCCUCCAGCUGAACGUCAAAGAGCAAGAACUGAGAAUACAACGACUAUGAGGAGACCAGACAGUGCAUCUUUUGCAAGAAGUCUUUCUCAAAACACAUCUCUUCAAGCAAAAAUGUAUGAGAAUAUAAACCAGUUGGCACCUACAGCAUCAAAGCCUCCUGAUUAUGUUAAUUUCACAGACCUAUCAUCAAGGGUAAACGGUGCAUCAUCCCACUCAGCAAGUGCUUCCUCUAGUGCGCCUAGACCUGCGGCAAGGUCAUGUCGCCCAGCUCCACCCCCUAAACCUCCCCCACCAACUGCUUCCAGCAGAACUACAUUUAGGUCUUUAUCCUAUGUUUAAAACCUGUGCCCAAAACGGAGGUUAUAUAGUGCAUCCCAGAUUAUAGGCAGGGUUGAAGGUAAAAAUAAGCUCCUUUGUAGUUAAAUCCAAAUUUUUAGCUGGUUUUGUAAUAAUUACAUGGCUGUACACCAGCUGCUCGAAUGCUUAAAGAUAAUAACAAGAAUCUUAUGAUGUCUUGUCUAUCUCACCUUUAAGUCGAUUUACCUUGAAGAGUUACAAGUAUUCAAUUACCGUGUGUAGCUUACUUAGGUUAACUCAAAUGUUUAUAUCAAGUAAGUAUUCUUUCUAGAGUAAUGGCUACCUCUUAUCACUGUUAUAGUAGAAGCCGAUACAAUUGUUCGGCUAAAGAAGAAUAUUUUUUGCCCAUGGUAAGCUCUAUUAAUAUUGUUCAAAAUAUUGUAAAUAUAAAGUUUAAUUGGCAUCAUGGCCUUCAUUGUUGUUUUGGGACAUCCAUUUUAAUAAUUAUUAUUAUUACUGUCAACAAUAUGGCCUACAAAGUUUCUCCUGUACAUGUACAUUAUUUUGUUGAUAAUAUCAGCAAUGAUCUGUAUGUCUUGCCAUAGUAAUAUUACUCUCUUCUUGACCAGUCAUCAGCUAAAGGAUGUUGGCUUUGUUUGGAAAAAUACCGACAGAUCUAAAAACAGUGGUAAUUGAAAGAAACUAGUUACAAGCACAGGGAUAAAAUCUUAUUAUGUAUUUGAUUAUUAUACAAGUGUUAGUGAUAAACAUAUUUCAGUGUUAUCUGUUCAGUUGUGUUAUUCAGUUUCCUGUCACCUUAGGUUUCAAGGCAAACAGCUGGCAAAAAAUUUAUUGUAUAGAUUCUAUUGCUUUGCUCAUGAUUGUUGACUUAAUUUUGUCAUAUUGUAUGUUAAAUUUAGACUUUUCUUAGUUAAUGGUUUUCCAAAACCCUUUUCCGUUUUUAGGUUAUAAUUGGACUAAGAUUAGCUUGAAUUUCAUCUGAUCACUUCGAGUCGUUAUUACUCCCUCAGCAACAACAUUGCUGAGAGGAGAAAACGACUUGAAGCAAUCAAAUGAAAUUCAGGCUAGACUAAGAUUUUUUUGAUGUAAAAUUAGGAUUUAGCAGUGAGGUUUUGACAGAGUUUUAUGGAGAUAACAAUAGGCCUGUUGACUUUUGAUUGUGAUACUCUGCAUGAUGUUUACAAAAAAGCAAUGUACUAGUUGUAAUGGUAACCCUUGCAUUCUAAAGAGAUCUAAAGAGAAGAGACUAAUAAUAUAUUGAUGGGUUACCAAACAAGAAUGUUUUAGGUGAGUGGAAUUGGUUUAAGGCCUAGAAAAAAGUCAGGAAAUGUUUCUGCUCUAAUACAGGUAUGUGGCCAAAAAAAAUAUUACAAUGUUUCCUUAGAAUUAAACAAUGAUACAUAAUUUAUUUCAU